UGUUGUUUGACUUCCUGUUGUUUAACUUCCUGUUGUUUAACUUCCUGUUGUUUAACUACCUGUUGUUUAACUUCCUGUUGUUUAACUACCUGUUGUUUAACUUCCUGUUGUUUAACUACCUGUUGUUUAACUACCUGUUGUUUAACUUCCUGUUGUUUAACUUCCUGUUGUUUAACUUCCUGUUGUUUAACUACCUGUUGUUUAACUACCUGUUGUUUAACUACCUGUUGUUUGACUUCCUGUUGUUUAACUUCCUGUUGUUUAACUUCCUGUUGUUUAACUACCUGUUGUUUAACUUCCUGUUGUUUAACUACCUGUUGUUUAACUACCUGUUGUUUAACUACCUGUUGUUUAACUUCCUGUUGUUUAACUUCCUGUUGUUUAACUUCCUGUUGUUUAACUUCCUGUUGACUAUGAUUAUUUUACGUAGGAAACUCGCUGGAUGUUUUUGAAGCUUUGCUAUGAAUCUCUGUUUAUGAUUGAGAGGGAUCUCAGCCAAUCAGCUUCUCUCUCUGAAGCACCUUACAUGAUGAAUGUCUGUUGAUCCUAACAUUUCCCUUUUCACCAGGACGAGCUGCUGAGGAGUCAGACAGAGAGAGGUGGGGCUCUGGACGACAGGCGAAGGCUGGAGGCGGAGCCGC